UCAUUUUGCUGCAGGUUUCUCUUUUACUACAUAACACAAUCUUCUCAAAACCUUAUCUAUGUAAUCUAAGCUCAACUUCCAUUUCCACUGUCUCUUUCUCUGUCUCACAUGAGCUUUCUUCUCUGAUUUCAAUGGCAGCCAUCACCCCCUGUCACUACUUCAAUACCCACUCUACACGUCUAACCUACCCUCUUCCUCAUACCAAUGCUAGACUUCGUGGUUUCACUGCUCGUUGCUCUUACCAACCACCCCAACAUUCUCAGUUUCAGAACAAACAUGAAGGGAGGUCAUUUUCUUUAAAGCAUUGUGCGGUAUCAAUAGCAUUAGCAGUUGGAUUAGUAACUGGAGUUCCUACAUUGGGGUGGCCUACCGAUGCCAAUGCAGCUAGCCCGGUGUUAUCUGAUUUGUCUGUAUUGAUAUCCGGACCCCCAAUCAAGGACCCUGGGGCUCUGUUGAGAUAUGCUCUUCCUAUUGACAAUAAGGCAGUUAGAGAAGUGCAGAAACCACUUGAAGAUAUUACAGAUAGUCUCAAGAUUGCUGGAGUCAAGGCACUUGACUCUGUGGAAAGGAAUACAAGACAGGCUUCUCGAGCCCUCACGCAAGGGAAGACUCUAAUUAUAUCAGGUUUAGCAGAAUCUAAGAAAGAACAUGGAGUUGAGCUGCUUAAUAAGCUGGAAGCUGGUAUGGAUGAGCUUGAACUGAUAAUUCAGGAUAGAAAUCGAGAUGCUGUUGGACCAAAACAAAAAGAGCUUCUUCAAUAUGUUGGAGGUGUUGAAGAAGACAUGGUUGAUGGCUUCCCAUAUGAGGUGCCCGAGGAAUACCAAAAUAUGCCUUUGUUGAAGGGGAGAGCAGAAGUGGAUAUGAAGGUCAAGGUUAAAGACAAUCCAAACUUGGAUGAAUGUGUUUUCCACAUAGUUCUUGAUGGUUAUAAUGCCCCUGUAACUGCUGGAAAUUUUGUUGACUUGGUAGAAAGGCACUUCUAUGAUGGCAUGGAAAUCCAAAGAGCGGAUGGGUUUGUUGUCCAAACUGGCGAUCCUGAAGGUCCUGCUGAGGGUUUUAUCGAUCCAAGCACAGAGAAAACGAGGACAAUACCAUUAGAAAUUAUGGCCGAUGGAGAAAAGGCACCUUUUUAUGGAGCAACUCUGGAGGAGCUUGGUUUAUACAAGGCUCAAACAAAGCUUCCGUUUAAUGCAUUUGGAACAAUGGCCAUGGCAAGAGAGGAAUUUGAGGACAACUCUGGCUCUAGCCAAGUAUUUUGGCUAUUGAAAGAAAGUGAGCUAACUCCCAGUAAUGCCAAUAUAUUGGACGGUCGAUAUGCAGUCUUUGGAUAUGUAACAAAAAAUGAGGAUUACUUGGCAGACCUCAAGGUUGGUGAUGUCAUAGAAUCCAUUCAAGUGGUCUCUGGCUUGGAUAAUCUAGUUAAUCCAAGCUACAAGAUUGCUGGCUAGUGAUCUCUCUGUGCUUUUGCUAUUAAAUACUGCACAUGAGUGUUUUUUGGCACUUGCUUCAAGAGGCUGUUACAUUGCAAAGUUCACUUCCCCAAGCUUGUUUCCAUUGUUCUCAGAAGCCAGUAUUUAUUUUACUUCCAGAACCUAGCAUUCAGUUAAACUGCUUGAGAUUAUAUUCUAUUUAAAGACUGAAUUGACAACGGCUUGUAACUUUAAUUCCAUCGAUACAAUUGUGAUUGUUUAGUGAGGAAAUUGCAGGUAUAGCAGUUUCUGACAUUCAUGUACUGGAGCUAUUUCAUAUGAGAAGAGAAAAUGCAUUUUAUUUUAUUGUCUAC